AGGUACAGAAGAAAUCGUCUGACACUGAAACAUUAAAAAAAAGAUCUCUGAGGCCUUGCAAAGGAGUCUUGAUUCACACAGGGAGAACUGCUUUGACUGUGUUCAUCCUAUUGAACCAGGAACUGCCCAAGAAGUGAAGGAAUAGAGCUUAGCCAUCUGGAUUUAAGAAGCUGAAAACCAUGUCUCUUCCCCGACAGCUGCGAGAAAAGAGUGAUUUUGACCAGCUUCCAGAUGAUGUACCUGUUUCAGCUAACAUUGCAGAUAUUGAAGAGAAGAAAGGCUUUACUAAUUAUUAUAUGUUUGUCAUUGAAGUAAAGCUUAAGGGUGGUGGCAGAUACUUAAUUUUCCGACGCUAUCGUCAGUUCUAUGCCCUGCACGCCAAACUAGAGGAGAGAUACGGGGCAGAGAGCAAAGACAGCCCUUUUACCUGCACACUCCCUGUAUUGCCAGGGAAAGUUUAUGUUGGGGCCAAAAAGGAAAUUGCUGAGAGCAGAAUUCCUAUCCUGAAUGUCUACAUGAAGAACCUGCUCUGCCUACCGGUUUGGGUGUUGAUGGAUGAAGAGGUACGGCUGUUCUUCUACCAUUCAACCUUUGAUAGUGAACAGGUGCCUCACAGACUGAGACGGCUUCGCCCACGGACGCGCCGAGUUAAAAGCAUUUCACCUCAAGUGCCUAUUUUUGACCGCCUGGCAGCUCCGCGGGCUGAGGCAUUGUUUGAUUUUUCUGGAACCAAUAAACUGGAACUCAGCUUCAAGAAGGGAGACUUGAUCUAUCUACUCAGCAGAGUAAACAAAGACUGGUUGGAGGGAACAGCUGAUGAUGCCACUGGGAUUUUCCCAUGUGCUUUUGUGAAGAUCAUAAAAGAUUUGCCACAGCAGGAAGACACAGUUAAUAAAGUUCGCUGUUAUUACCAUGACGAGACUGUGAGCACUAUCAGGGAUAUCUCAGUGGAAGAGGAUCUGAGCAGCAUUCCAUCAUUCAAAGAUCUCAUGGAAUUGAUAAGGCGAGAGUUUGACCAAGAUGACAUUGUUUUGAAUUACCGGGACCUUGAUGGUGACCUGAUCCGGUUGCUCUCCAAUCAGGAUGUUGAACUCAUGGUGUCUCAGAGCAGGAGAAGGCCCUCUGAGAAGCAUUUCUUCCCUUGGAAGUUGCACAUCACUCACAAAGAUGACUUGGGUGUCUACAACACUAGUCCAGGAAUAGGUGCUACUCAAACAGUGAGUGCAACAUAAGUGCUAUAUGGAAAUGUUCCAGUAGGUAGCUAUACAGUCCUUCUGUCAUCCCUCUCUGCAGACAGUUUCCUUUAACAAGCCUUUGAAGUGAGCUUGAAAAGAGUAAUUUUUAGUAAUAUAUUACCUUUCAAUGUAAAAUUUGUACUUGGUUAGCUUCUUCAGCUUUGUAGUACUCCUCUGUAAUAGAGACAUCUACAUAGGGACCAGAGAAAGUGAGGAAUAGAGAAAUAAAAUCACUGUCCGUAUUCACAAAGCUAGUCAGUGUUAGCCUGCAGUAGAGGUUUAGUGUUCUGAGCCCCAAGACCUGCUCUAAUCUCUAUUCUUGCUCCCAGAGCUAGUUAUUUGUCCAGAAUGUCUUCAUAAGCUUUUUUUCUAGACUGCCAUAAUUUUCUCUUCACUUGCUGAUAUGAAGGUUUGUGUGCCAGUGCUUAUGAAUGUGUAAUUAUUUCUGUCACGUGGGAGUCUGACUGGGCUUUCAGAGUUUGUUCUGGAAGCAUCAAGAAAACUUUUUCUUAUUUCAGUGAAGAAAUUGCAACCCACCUUUGCUUUCUU